AUGCCGGCAGCCUCAGGAUUCGUCUCGUCCACCACCCGCGCCCUCCGCGCUCGUCCGUUCAGCACAUCGGCCCGCAGGCUGGCCGAUGCGCCUCUCCCGGCCAAGCGGCCCGUGGGAGCCUUUCGAGGAGGACUCUUCGGUUUCCUGUUCGGCUCCGUCCUCGCCGGCGGCGCUGUGUACACAUAUCUCCUCCAGGAGUACAAGGCUUCCAACGACUUGCUCACCGAGGACAUUUACACUCUGCAAGCUUCUGUUAAUCGCUUGACGAAUUACGUCAAGGCUCUGGAACAAAGGACGCAGGAAAAGAAGUAG